AUGCGAAUCGCACAAGCAAGUAGCCAAAAAGAAAGAAGUGACCUCCAAAAAUUUGCUGCAUUUCUCUUGCGUGUUGGAAGUGGUGUCGUCCAUACAAUCGGUGAUGAAAACACGAUUCCUGUCCCUUCUGAGAUGCUUAUUAAAAGCCGUAAUCUCCUCCAUCUGACAAGUGCUGUAUUCCCCAACCUUUCUACCAAUGCUAUUGUACCCAGUUUCCUCAUGGGUCGCGCAAUCCUCACCCCCAAAGAAUGCAGACAUCAAAACAACCAGAGCAUAAGUGAACAAGACCUAUUGGCAUAUCCAGUGGAAUUAUUGAACUCCAUUAAUCCUGGAUCUCUACACUCCACAGCUUAUGACUAA